UUCCGUUUAUUAAUACAUUAUUCGGAGGUGAUAUUGCCUUGUAAUGGAGAUCUGUUAAAUUCAUUCUUCUGGUUUUUACCUUCUUGGGUUUUGGUAGGUAGGUUGUUGAAGUUGAGAUUUAUGCUAUUACCAGUUAAGAGAAAUAUUGAAAUGGUUUUUGGAUCCUUUAUUGUGUCCAUUUCAUUUGUCUUCGAUAAAGUGGAGAACAAGUGAUCUGUUGGGCGGUCAAAUUAAUAUAUAUAAUUGACAAUUGUUUGCUUGAUUUUGCAAUUAUAGUAUGCCAUUUUAGUUUUAGGUGCCGGCCUUUGAAAACUGUAGUCAAAUCUAUGACGAGCCAUAAUUACGUUAGUUAACUGGAAAUUUGAACGUGCUGGUAGAAUUGCCUUUUAUGGUGGUUAAACAAUCUAUUGAAAUGGAGGUUAAUGGGGGCUAGAACUUGCUAUGUUCUAUGGCCUUGAUUGAUAUCUGGGAAAUGUGUGGUGGGAGAGUUAAAAUUAGAGAUCUAGAAGAUACCACUUUAAGAGGAAGAAACUACUUCAAGAGCAAACUUUCUGGUAUGGAGUAUGAAUCAGACUGGACAAAACAUAGAAAAUCCUCGGCAUUUACUGCUCAAGUGAUUCGUUCUGCAACAUCUUUUAUGCCUUGGUCUUGUAAAAUGCCCAUAGGUGAUGGAUUUCAUGAAUUUCUUUAAUCAAUUGUUUGUCAUUUGAAACAAAAGCAUAGUUAGGUUCUCUGGAAUAUAUAAUUGAACAAGUACAAGAAUCAUCAACUUCUCCUCAUUUUGCAAUAUUUAAAAUGCCUGGUUUUGUAAGUGGAAAGAAGAGAAUUACAGAACCAAAUAUGUGUUUCUCCACAUUGAGCGAGCAACACACAUUAACUCAUUCGAAAAGCAAUCCUCGUUUAACCUCAGAGGUUGCUAAUGAUCUGGACAGCCCCAUUUUACCAGGGCUCCCAGAUGACGUGUCAAAGUACAUCCUUGCACUUGUUCCUCGUUCCAAUUUCCCCUCUAUGGGUGCUGUCUCCAAGAAAUGGAGGUCUUAUAUCCGGAGCAAAGAAUUCAUCACCGUCAGGAAAUUACUUGGGUUGCUUGAGGAAUGGCUUUGCAUCUUAACUAUGGAUGCAGAAGGAAAGCAAAGCCAAUGGGAGGUUUUGGAUUGUGAGGGAAACAAACAUCGGUUUCUUCCACUGAUGCCUGGUCCAGUGAAGGCUGGGUUUGGGGUGGUUGUCAUUAACGGAAAGCUUCUUGUAAUGGCUGGUUAUUCAGUGAUUGAUGGGACUGGCUCUGCUUCUGCAGAUGUUUACGAAUAUGAUCCUUGCCUUAACAGUUGGAGCAAAUUGGCAAACAUGAAUGUGGCCCGUUAUGAAUUUGCUUGUGCUGAGGUGAAUGGCAUGGUUUAUGCGGUUGGAGGCUAUGGGACAGAUGGAGAAAGCCUCUCAAGUGCCGAGGUGUAUGACCCCGAAACUGACGAGUGGACCCUGAUAGAGAGUCUUCGAAGACCAAGAUGGGGUUGUUUUGCGUGUGGCUUUGAUGGGAAACUUUAUGUUAUGGGUGGAAGGUCGAGCUUCACCAUUGGAAAUUCAAGGUUCGUUGAUGUCUACAACCCUGAGAGGCACGCCUGGUGUCAGAUGAAGAAUGGUUGUGUCAUGGUCACUGCUCAUGCUGUGAUCGAAAAGAAGCUCUUCUGUAUGGAGUGGAAAAACCAGAGGAAAUUGGCCAUAUUCGAUCCAGAGGACAAUUCAUGGAAGAUGGUGCCAGUUCCCUUGACUGGUAGCUCAUCCAUUGGGUUCCGAUUUGGGAUACUGGAUGGAAAGCUUUUGCUUUUCUCUCUAGAAGAAGAACCUGGUUACAACACUCUGCUGUAUGAUCCUCAUGCAGCUCCAGGUUCAGAAUGGCAGACCUCCAGGAUAAAGCCGUCUGGUUUGUGCUUGUGCAGUGUGACAAUCAUUGCUUGAAAGUAAAGCUUCAUU